AUGAUUGCCAAACACGCAUGGAAAGCACGGGCGGCAUCCUCGCAGACAAGCCCACUGACGCUGCAAGCAGUGGCUCUGGCCAAGGCUCCGUCUGCCGACCUUAGCUGCCUUUGCUUCGUGUGCGACAUCUUCUGCUCGGCUCCUGAGGGUGUCAGCUUACACGGCUUCUCGGUAAAAGUCCUGCCUUCCGGAAUCGACGACCCGUCCAGCGGCAAUGGGGUUUUCGUUGCUGAUGGUACCGUGCCUUCCGGAGUCCUCGUGGCUCUGUAUGCGGGUAUUUGGUUUCCCUCGUUGCCCAUGGACAAAGUGCAGUGGGGCACAGAGACGCAACCGUACUCAUGGUCCCACGUUCUGGAUGUUCAUGGCCCGGAAGCAGUCGAUCCGGAACUGACGAGUUGCACGAGAGCGGAUGUGGUGUCGUACCAUUUGUGCUGUGACGGCGGCAUCAUGGACGGCUUCCGUGCAGACUGCCGCGUGAGAUCUGACUGCAUUCGAAGUCCAUUCGCCGUGGGUCAGCUUGUGAACCACCCGCCCAAAGGCCAAGUCCCCAACGUCAGGUUGCGGCAGCUGGAGCCACUGGACACGGGGUUGGCAGUGAGCCGCACGCACAAAGGUCUCUGGUAUCUAGAUCCACACACGUGGAGCGAGGUCCACGUUCCUCCUGGAAUUCGGCCUCCGACCAUCGCUCUUCAGGCAAUGCGAAGCCUCUUGCCUGGACAAGAACUGUUGCUGAACUACAACUUGCGACGCCCGCAUCCAGCCUGGUACCAUCCUGUAGAUACAGUCGAGUAG